UUGCCAACUCCCCAAGAAAGCCUGCUUGCUCACCAAGACACGCCACAGCUUAUCUUCCCCUUCCUUCCACAGCACAACGUACCUACCGCUAUAUAUCCUCCUCGCCAUGGAAGCAGAGCUCCUGCCUUCCCGGAUACUCGGCCGGGGAGGCCAUGGAUCAGGAGUUCCAAGAGGCCGACGUCCUGUGGCCUCAACACUCCUACCACAGCAGUGACAGCGUGGACGACGUCGACGGCGCCGACGUCAAGGAAUUCAUGACCAAGGUGUCUUCUCCGCUGGAGUUGUCUGCCCCGGUCGGCGUGCCUCGCCGGAAGCGGCGGUCUCGCUCCUGGACGCCUCAACAAUUCAGCGGCGGCAGCAGCGGCCGCGACGAGGACGAGGGCGACAUCGGCUGUACCAACGACGCGAAGAGGAACGUCCCGCCGCACGUGCUGGCUGAGCGGCGGAGAAGGCUCGCCGGAAGGUCGACGGCGGCGUACUCCAUGUGCGCUGGGAAAGGCAGGACGCUCAAAGGGCGGGACCUCCGGAACAUCAGGAACCUUGUCCUCAAGAUGACCGGAUUCAUCGAGAAAUGAAAGGAUUUAACACCGUGGAUAUAGUAUUACUUCUACCAAUUGUGAACGUCCAUCAAUGGACGUGUGUGAGAGUUUGUGGCAACCUCAAGUUUCAGCAAGAGCUCCGCUCAAGGAAGAAGAAAGGCGUGAGUUGUAAUAACUCUUUGUUUAAUUUAUUGAUUUUAUUUAGUUA